AUGGUCAACCAGACGAGGAAGCGCUCCGGUACACAUGCCUCGACUUAUACUCCAGACACUCGCCAUCAUGCAGUGGACAUUGAGAAGCAGCCGUAUCGCACGCAUUAUACCCACCAUGACCAUCGCAGUUCGAUAGAGUCAGACAGCGGCGACGACUCCCUCACCUCUUCCUUUGCCAGUUCGCGUCGGCCAAUGUUGAAUAGUGCCGCCUCGGCGCGGCGCUCUCGAACGCCGGUUGGUUACUAUCGUGUCCCGAAUCGGAUAAUGCGAUACGUGUGCCUCGCGCUGUUCUCCGCACUAGUCUUGUUCAUCCUCACCCUUUUCCGCUUCACCGUCACCUCGAACGCGACGCAAGUCGCCCUCGAACUGCCAAAGGUGGCGCCCAAACCGGCGCAAUGGGAGAGCUUCCCUUUUCUGAAGCGGUAUCAUGGUGGUAUUCGAACAUUGACCCCGCGCAAUGAGUCCGUACCCGAAUAUCCAAGUGACGGAAUGGAGGAGAUGGCCAUGGGCUCGGACAAUCAAAAGGGUCGGGCCAACAUUGAAACCAGAGAUCAGGAAGCGUUGAUGUCGAGCUUGGUCUUCCAUCCAUACCCAGAUUACGCAUCAGAUGAGUACGUGAAGAAGUAUGGUGAGAAGCGCGAAUGCUUCCUCGAUGAGCAGGAGACUAUUCGCAUUCCCCAGGUGCAGCAUUACCCUGGAGUACCCCGUGGGUUUCCGGAUGCAGUAAUGGGUUCAAAUAAGAUGCUAGGUAUCAAGGAUGAUGUUUGCUUCGAACGGUUUGGCCGCCUUGGUCCUUACGGUUUUGGAUACGGUGUUAGGAAAGGCGGUAUCGGUACAGGCUUGGAGGGACACCGUGAAGGCGCAGAACGUGUGUGGGACGAUUUGCCUCCCGUAGACUUUCGUCACGUCGACUGGGCUGCUGCUCAGAACAGGUGCGUGGCCCUCAAUAGCCACCGCUUCAAAGACCUCCCUCAGCCGCGGCUGAAUCGCUUUCUCUCCUUGCCCGUGGGAGUUCCAAAGUCCUCUGCUCCAUCCCAGGAAAAGGAUGAAGCGUCCCAGUCGAAAGCGGAUCGUCUACCUCGAACAGCAGUGGUAAUUCGGACAUGGCACGAUUUUCACUUCACGCCUGAUGACAUUCUGUACUUGCGCUCGCUGAUUUCGGAGCUCUCCUUGUUGUCUGGAGGAGAGUAUACCAUUCAUUUCUUAGUGCAUGUCAAAGACGGAAACUUGCAAAUCUGGUCGGACGACGAGACCUACGAGCGCGUGCUCAACGAUGCUCUUCCCGAGGAAUUCCGCGGUAUGGGUACUCUUUGGUCAGAACAGCAGAUGGCUCUCAUCUAUCCUGGGUUGGAAGAGACAUGGAUGCGUGGAUUGCCUGUUCACGGUGUUUACCGCAGCACGUUCAUGCCAAUGCAGUAUUUUGCCUACCAACAUCCGGAGUACGACUUCUAUUGGAACUGGGAGAUGGACGUGCGAUACACAGGCCACUGGUACCAUUUAUUCGACAAAGUGGGCAGCUGGGCGCGGGAACAGCCGCGCAAAUUACUGUGGGAGAGAAAUGCUCGCUUUUAUGUUCCCUCCGUCCAUGGAUCCUGGGAGGAUUUCCGACAUACAGUCCGUGUACAGACCGAGAGCGGUACCAACAGCCCGAACAAUGUAUGGAGCGCGGCCGCCAAACAUGGCUCCGACCCGUCCUCUGGAGACAGAUCGGCUCUCCAUCGUCAAGGGGACAAGCCGAUCUGGGGACCCGAACGCCCCGACGAGCGGGACAUUCUCGAGGUGGAUGGUGAAGGCAUCCCCGAGACUACGAUGGAGAAGGAUCAGAACGAAUGGGGUGUAGGCGAGGAGGCAGACCUUAUUGUCUUCAACCCUCUGUAUGACCCGGAGGGCACGACCUGGCUUCUUCGCGAUGAUGUGACCGGGUACAAUAAGGAGAACGGUAUGCCUCCUCGACGGACAGCCAUUAUUACUGCCUCUCGACUGUCGCGCAAGUUGCUUCUCACUAUGCACAAAGAGACAAGUCUGAAAAGACAUACCAUGUUCUCUGAGAUGUGGCCUGCCACCACAGCGUUGCAUCACGGCUUCAAGGCUGUUUACGUGCCGCAUUCUGUGUACAUCGACCGUCGCUGGCCGACGAAGUACCUCGAAUCCGUUUUCAACGCCGGCCGGAACGGCGCAUCUGGUGGUGCUCGGACUUCUGUGUUCGGUGACCGGGAGCAUAACUUCCGCGGGACUACCUGGUUCUACUCGGCCGGCUUCUCACCGAAUCUCUGGCGGCGGUGGCUCGGCUACAAGGUCGACAAUGACGGCGGCGAGCAGGAAGAAUUGGCUGGAGAGGGAAGAAUGUGUCUUCCACCUAUGCUCUUUCAUCCAAUCAAGGAUGUGCAAAUGAUCAUUGACGAUGGUGCGAACGAUAUGUUUUGA